CACAACUCCGUGCGUGGCCGGACUCACUCUGCAGAGCAGUAAACACGGAAGUCCGCGCAGUUCACUGAUUGGUCCGGGUAAAGUUAACGGGCUACGUGAUUGGCUACGGCGCGGCUCGAUUGGUGACGUCACGGGAGCCCUGUCAAUUCCCGGUCGUACUGCCGGUGCAGGAAUCAUGGACAUCGGGUACCGGGAGGAGCAUUUUCAGGAGGCCUGGAGGGAGCUGGAUGAGCGGGUACUGCCUGCAGGGUGGGAGCUGUUCACAGAGAGCAUGGGCAUCCAGAUCUACCGCCUCUAUGACCAGACCACAGGCCUCUAUGAAUAUAAAAUCUAUGGCGGCCUGUCUGAUUGUCCCGCAGAGCUUUGCGCUGAUGUGUACAUGGAUUUGGAUUACAGGAAGAAAUGGGACCAGUAUGUAAAAGCUCUACAUGAAGACCAAAAUGGAGAAGACAAGGUGAUAUACUGGGAAGUCAAAUAUCCAUUCCCUCUGUCUAACAGAGACUAUGUGUAUGCUCGAGAGCGAAGAGACUUGAACAUCAACGGAAGAAACAUCUUUGUCAUUUUGGCCAAGAGCGUAUCCGUUCCACAUUAUCCGGAGAAGUCCGGAAUUAUCAGGGUCAAUGGCUACAAGCAGAGCUUGGCGAUAGAGAGUGAUGGCGGCAAUGGCUGUAAAGUCUUCAUGUACUACUUUGAUAAUCCAGGUGGCAUGAUCCCUUCAUGGCUUAUAAAUUGGGCAGCCAAGAGUGGAGUUCCAAAUUUCUUGAAAGAUAUGCAGAAGGCGUGCAAAGGGUAUACAGCAAAAGACUCUUCAAAGUAGAUCAAUCAAGUGUCUAAUAUUAGAAUAGGAAGUAAUGUGAUUUCUAUACUAAUGGUAUACUGAUCUCUUCUCCAUGGUGAGAAUCACUGCUAUCGGAAAAGAGAUGGCAGGGGUUAUAGUCCAUAGGCUCGAUUGCAGCAGUAUGAAAGGAGGGUGUAUUAAUCUUGGUUGAUCUGCGAUGAUUUGAAAGGUAAGAAUUAAAAGGGGUUUUCUGGAUAAUUGUUUCUAUACUAAAUGGUGCUCCAGGUAGGGUAAAAAUUGAGAAAAAUGUGUUGGAACAGAGAACAGAUACACUAUAAAUGUCCCCACUUUUGUGAUCCCGAGAUCAAGGACUCCCCGGCCCCCACAUCUACUUCAAGUGUGUCCUAAGCAUCUACUGCUCUAUUCAGUAAAAAUAUUUCCCCACAUUGCUUCUGAUCUUCCCCCAAUUAACCUCAGCUUGUUCCCCCUUGUUUUGUCAACUGGUGCCAGAAAGUUAAACAGAUUUGUAAAUUACUUCUAUAA